AUGUCUGUGGUAGUGGCUGGCAAGGCGGUGCCGUUCGUGGAGCUGACGGUGGCGCACGCGUCGGUGCUGACCAUCCUGGCCAUCAGCUUCGAGCGCUACUACGCCAUCUGUGAGCCGCUGCGGGCCGGCUACGUGUGCACCAAGGCGCGCGCGCUGCUCAUCUGCCUGCUCGCCUGGGCGCUCGCCGCCCUCCUCACCAGCCCAAUGCUGGUGAUCGCGAAGGUCGAAUACCACGAGUACGCGGACGGGUCAGAGUUCGCGGCGUGCCUGAGCGAGGCGGCGACUGCCUGGCCGCGGCUGUUCUUCGCUGCGAGCGCGGCGCUGUUCUUCGCGCUGCCCCUGCUGCUGCUGCUGGUGCUGUACGGCCGCAUCGCGCGCCACCUCGUGGCCGCCACCGCCCCCGCCGGCAGCGCCGCCCCCGCCGAGCCUGGCCCGGCGCGCGCGCGCCGACAGGUGGCGCUCAUGCUGGCCACCGUCGUGCUCUCCUUCUUCCUCUGCCUGCUGCCCUUCCGCGCCUUCGCCCUCUGGGUCAUCUUCGCGAGCGACGAGGCCGUCGCCGGGCUCGGCCCCGAAGCUUACUUCAACCUGCUCUACUUCUGCCGCACCAUGCAUUACGUCAACUCGGCGAUGAACCCCAUCCUGUACAACCUGAUGUCGUCCAAGUUCCGCGCGGGGUUCGCGCGGCUGUGCGGCCUGGGGCGGCGGCGGCGGCUGGCGCUGCUGAGUCGCGGGUCGGGAGGCGCGCGCAACGGCACGCUGCGCACCACCACCUCCAGCUGCACGUCGCGCUCCAGCGGGCGGCGGCCGCUGCGCUCCUCGCCGGACCUGCUGGGCUGGCGCUCCUCUUCCUCUUCGCGGACGUCGCUGCCGCCGUCGCUGUCCCGCGCCCUCGCGCCCAGGGGCAGCGACGCCAGCGAAUCCUCCGCCGUGACGUCACUCUGCGAGUCGAGCCCUCCGCGCCGCCAGCGGCCGGCCAACGGCAGCAGUCCGCCGCGCAAGUCCAGCGCCGCCGAGUCGCGGGCCGACGCCUUCAGGAGGAACGCUAUGAUGAGGUCUACGCUGCUCACCCUCGAUGUGGCCGACAUAGACGCUAUCGACGAGGCGCCCGAGAGUUGCUCACAGCGUGUUGUUAAAAUGCUUGCAUCAACACCACGAGCCUUAAAACAGAGCAGAAAAGUUGUGGCUCCCGUUAUCCUGGUGGCGGAGUACGGCACGGAGGAGUACUUCGACGGCUCGAUGGUGCCCGUGUGUUUCUCCAUGGUGGACUCGUUCUGGCCGGCCUUCUUCUUCCUGGCGACCAUCGCCGUCUUCUUCCUGGUUCCGCUCAUCAUCCUGGUGGUACUGUAUGGCGUCAUCGCGCGGCACCUCAUGGCCAACCCGCGCAUCAUGUCCGUGCAUCAGCAGCUGCACUACAGGUACCGCAAGCAGGUGGUGCUGAUGCUGGGCACGGUGGUGGCGGCGUUCUUCGUGUGUCUGCUGCCGUUCCGCGCCUUCACCGUCUGGAUCAUCGCCGCGCCGCCGGAGACGGUGGUCUCGAUCGGCUACGAGAACCACUACGGGCUGCUGUGCCUGUGCCGCGUGAUGCACUACCUCAACUCGGCUGUGAACCCCAUCCUGUACAACCUGAUGUCGUCCAAGUUCCGCGACGGCUUCUCGCGGCUGUGCUGCCGCUGCGGCUGGGCCGGUGGUCCGCUGGGCCGGCGAGGCACCGGCCUGUCCUCCAGCGCGACCGCCACCACUGUACGCUCCUCGGCGGGUGACUCGCUCUGGAGGCGGCCGGGCCGCGCCUCCUCCAGCUCCAGCCGUAGCCGCAGGGCCGAGCGCCGCCUGCUGCACCACAUCGCCAGGGAGUGCUCCGUCUCCGUCCACAACGGCGUCUGCGCCGUCAAGGCCGGCCGUGCCAAGGACGUCUCUUACCUGUGA